AUGCGUAUAGAAAAAUGCCUAUUAAUUUUGUUUCUUAGAAGUUUACCAAUUUUUUGUGAUAUUUCUAUUGACUUUACUGUUGUUGAUCCAGCCUGUGAUAGGCUGAUACCAACAUAUAACAACAAUCAAGUGAUGCCUUUUGGAAGUUCCAAGUUCCGAAUUCGAGUAUUCGACUUGAAUGGAAUAGAAACAUUCGAAUACAGCAACCGUCCACUUCUUGGUAAGUUGGACAGAAAACGCUUUCAAUUAUUGAAAAUGCUCAUCAAAAAUUUACGUUUAGUACGAGUCGAAGGUGAUCACUAUACAAGAGGUCAAAUUCACGCUCGAGCUUUACUGUUUCCAGACCGGCAAGUUGGAAUCUUUCAGGAACCGCUUCCAAAAUAUUUUAAAUUAGCUAACUGCAGCGGUAGGCCAGCAUCUGCAGUAAUUAAUGAUAACUAUGUGACAAGACGGCAUGGAAGUGUAAUUUGGAAACCACCGGAUAUACCAAAGGGUCCAAUACUAUUCUAUGCAAGUCCGAUUAAAGAGGGUACAAAUGCAACAAAUAACUCGCUGUUUCCAGUUCGAUCGCAUUUUAUCUCACCGAAGCUCGGAAAACUUCAAAGUAAGUGUAAACAGUUUUGA